AUGUCUUCUUCAAAACCCUUCCAUUUGAGAUCAGGGAUCUAUGAAGAAGAGGAGGCUAAAAGAUUGAAAGAGCAAGAGCGGGUGGAUGACACCAAGGGGGCUGGUAGCAAAGAUUUGGAGAAUGUCAAUAUCACACUACACAUCCUCUUCUGGCCGGUGACCAGCCAGCUUCUUCGUAUCUACACCAGCAUCGGUGAGGAUGAUGAUGAGCAGGUGCUGCUAUCCAUCACCACAGAGAUUCUCAAGUUGUUAGUGGCUCGCUUUGAUGCUGGAGAAUUAAUCACCCAGCAAGAAUUGGUCUCCAGGCAGGUGAGUGAUGACCUCACAGAGACAGCAGUGACGUUUGGGUUCAUCCUGGAUGAGGUGUCCCUGAAAUGACUGACCUUUGGGAAGGAGUUCACAGAAGCAGUGGAAGCCAAACAGGUGGCUCAGCAGAAAUCUGAGAGGGCCAGAUUUGUGGUGGAAAAGGCUGAGCAGCAGGAGAAGGCAGCCAUCAUCUCUGUGGAGGGUGACUCGAAGGCAGCCGAGCUGAUUGUCAACUCCCUGGCCACCGCAGGUGGUAGCCUGAUUGAGCUGCACAAGCUGGAAGCUGCCUGGGACAUUGCUUACCAGCUCUCGCCCUCUAGGAACAUUACCUACCUGCCAGCAGGGCAGUCAGUGCUCCUCCAGCUUCCCCAGUGA